GAGUGUACAUGAAUGUAAAACAUUAUAUAAUUGUACUAGAAAAAUGAUCAAUGAAAAGUGUUCAAGUAUAUUUGUUUUUGUAAGUUGCUGAAUUAUUCUGUGAAUAGGCACAAAUAAAUUCAUAAUCAUGUCAAUAAAGGCAUUUGACUUAAUACCUGUAAUUGAACGUGUGGACUUUAGGGUGUCUUGUUUUGAAGCCUGUGGCAAUGAACUUUAUCUAGGAACUGAAGAUGGCCAAGUUGUGCACUACAGUGUGGGGGAGAGAACAGACUCUGAAACAGUUGAAACUUCAUACACCAUUAAUGUGCUGGCACGAGUACAGCUUUCCAAUAAGCAUAGCAUUACUUGUCUUGGGGCUGCCUCAAGCACGGGCAGGCUGUUGGCUCUCGUGGACGGGCUGAUCUUCCUCCUGGACUUGAAGACUUUAGAGACCAUCACGUCCGCCUCCAAGACCAAAGGAGUGUCCACAUUCUGCCUCAACCACAGUCCUACUCAUCCUGAUCCAUUUGCUCUUGAGGUAUGCGUGGGCCGCCGUCGGUGCGUCCAGCUGCUGGUGGUGCAGGAGGACCGAGUGUCCGUGUCCCGAGAGGUCUCGUGCCCGGACCCGCCCUGCGCCGUGUCUCUGGACGGCGUAUGGGCGUGUGUGGCCGGGCACGGUCAGUACUGCCUCUACAACCUGGCGACGGGGGACGUGACGCAGCUCUUCCCUUACGACGCUUCCUGUGACGGACGGACAUGGCGAGAGGAGUUCCUUCUGACGGGACCGAGCGGUCUCGGGAUGUUCGUGUCCUGCGAUGGCGUCUCCAUCCGCCCCCCCAUCAGCUGGUCGGACGACGUGCUCGCCGUGGCCUACCAUCAUCCCUACAUCCUCACCGUCACUCAUCAGUUCGUUAGGAUUUACAGCGUCGUGGACCAGCAAGUAAAGCAGACGGUGCGCUUCAGCGGCGGGCGCCUCGUGGGCAACUUUGACGGCCAAGUGUACCUGGCCUCAGCCUCCUCCGUGUACUGCCUCAUGCCUCAGCCCUGGCACAAGCAGGUCCAGGUUCUGUUGGGCGAGGAGCGAGUGGAAGAAGCUGUGGAGCUGUGCGAGCAGCACGGGGGCCCUCAGCACGAGCAGCUCGUGCUGACGGUGCUGCAGCGCGCAGGUUUCCUGCGUCUGCUGCAGGAGCAGUACGACGCCGCCGCCGAUUACUUCCUGCGCGGCAGACUCGACCCUAGGGAGUUGAUGCACGUGUUCCCGGGUCUGUUGCCGGCAUCAAGCGACUUCGUGCGUGCGGUGCCGCCCUUACAUCGCAUCGUCAACCUGGAGGUGGAGUUCAGCAGCGCUGGUGGAGGCAGUGGCAAGGAUCGACUUCUUCGUGCCAGCAGUUUCGCCCUGGAGUUCCUCAUUGCCUGUCGGGGGACUGGUUAUCACUCAGAGGACGUGAACACGGGCAUCGUGAAGCUGCUGUGUGGGCUGCAGCGAGUGGAGGAGCUCAACCGCUUCCUGGACGAGGCGACGUCAGGGCGGCUGCGGUGCGACGUCGCUGAGUGCGCUGAACAGCUCAGCACCUCACGCCUCUUCUUCGCCCUGCACAAACUUUACCAUGCGUGUGGUGAGAAUGAGGAGGCCUCUGAUGUGCUGGUGCAGCUCACGCGAGGGCAGCUGCACGACGCCCACUACCCCGGCCCCCGAUACUUCAGGGACUUCUUGCUCAGCACCGGCAGCAAGGACCUGAUCCUGCGGUACUGCUCGGUGCUGCUGGACGCCGAUCCUGCCGUUGCGGUUACCCUCUUCACGGGGCGUCCUGAGGGCAAACCUGCGCUGAAAUUUGACCCCCAAGAAGUCCUCGUGCUUCUGUCGGGCGUCCAGACCGCCCGAGUGGCCUACCUACAUCACCUGGUCGAUGAACUCCAGCUUACCGACGCAGACUACCACACGGAGCUCGUACUGCACUACGCCGACGCCGCUGUUCGGCUGGCCAAGUCCGUGUCCUUAGACCGGGCUACGUCCUCAGACCGAGCCGCGUCCUCAGACCGGGCUACGUCCUCAGACCGUGCUACGUCUUCAGACCGGGCUACGAUCUCAUGUGGUACCACGUCCCCGGUCCGUAGGAUGUCUCCAGAUAGGGCUGCGUCCCCUGGUCCUGUGGCGUCCCAUGCUCAGACAAACGGAGUCCCAGAUGAGGCUCUGCAAGAGGCGAGGGCUCAAUUUCUGCAGGUUCUCGAACGCUGCAGCUACUACGACGCGUCUGCCGUCCUCGCACGCAUACGUCACCACAAGCUCCUGCAGACCGAGAAAGCCAUGCUGCUGGGCAGGCUUGGCGACCACGAGCGGGCGCUGCGGCUGUUGGUGCAUGAGAUGCGUGACUAUCAUGCAGCGGAGGAAUACUGCGCUCAUCAGCUGCAGCAGCUGCAGCAUCUCGACGGUCCUAUACCUCCUCUAUACCUCCUCAUGCUCAAAGCAUACCUCCUGCCUCGACCUGGUUACAUCACCACCACCAUCACCCUCCUGCACCACGCGAAGCGCAAGGCUUCACUGCAGCGCGGGCUCGCGGCCUGUGCACUGCGGCAGCGGAGGGCGCUGCUGGCGACGCUGCAGGCGCACGCGGGGCCUCUGCGUCUCGACCAACCCAGCGUGUGCAUGGUGUGCUGCCAGCGGCUGUCGUCCCCGCGGUGCGGGUUUGUGGUGUACAGCAGCGGCGUGGUUGCCCACACGCGUUGCACACCUGACGUGACCACGUGCCCACUCACGGGCACGUGUGCCGCCAACGCCCACACGCGCCACAACUGAGCCACGCUGCCCACGUGGCGGUGGGCACGUGUGCCGCCAACGCCCACACGCGCCACAACUGAGCCACGCUGCCCACGUGGCGGCUAUCCACAGUCGCUUUCACCGGCAUAUUUUUUCUUUAGACGCAAUUAAACAAUUAAAUGUAAAAAAUUGUUAAAUUUAAUUUAAAAAAAUCAACUUACAAGUGAAGAUAUCAUUUGCUUAGCAUGUGUUAGCAAUUGGAACAUUUCUCUUCGCCAAUAUUAAAAUAUUGGAUGCUCAUGAAGAGAAAUGGUUUAUUUGAAGUCACCUUGCAUUACAUUUUAAGCGAUUUUUGAAAACUACUGAACUAUUUUGUACACUUAUUUCUACAUAAUACACUAGUAUUUUGUGCACUUAAAUACUUUUUCAAUGCCUAGCAGUUGUGCGCUAAGUUUUUUACACGCUGUAGUCGAUUGUGGGUCAACUCCAGUAGAACUUUUCACAACACCAAUAUUCUAAAAUUUAAAAAGUAAAAAGUAAAGUAAAGACGCAUGAACUCUCAUUGCCUACCGAUCAAAUGCUAUCAUCUAUCUUUCCAAGAAUUUAUUUUCAUGUACUCAGUAAUUGAUCGCGUUGGUGAGGUUUAAUUUAACCAUGUAUGUCAUUUGCCGUUCACGGAUGCCAUGUUGGAGAGUAAGAACGGCUUCCUGGUAGCGAAGACUACUUUCCUGAAAUUAUUUCUGUAUUCCUAUCGGUUCGUCUUGGUCUUAGAGUCUUCAAAGGAAUUAUUGAAACAAGUGCUUUAUUUUAAGUAUUUUCUUCUGUGAUAUGCCGUGAGUUUAUAAGAAUUUCUGCCCAAGUUGAUAGCUCCUAAAUUUUACGAUAUUUAAGGAUCCAGAAGGCAGGGUUUCUGGUCUCAGGCUUAGUUUAUGUUUACGAAAUUGUAAAAUUUAUUGUUUAUUCAGUGUUUUGUUGAUAUCUUCUUGGCAUUCAUGGUAUUAUAAUUUAUUGAGGUUUUUAUUAUUGAAAUUAGUGUUGAUUUUUCAGCUUUUGAAGCCGCGAAACAAAUUUAUGGUAAAUUUCACUAAAAAUAAACAACAAUUGCAAUUUAACCAGCUGUUGUAAACUCCUUAUUGCUAUGACGAGACUACAAGAAUACGGCAAUUUUUUUCUUAUACCUGCAUUCAAUUGAGAUAAUCAGAACCUUUUCGCUACAUUAUCUGAUCGAUUCGAAUUUUCCGUGUUAUGUCGCGUUGUUUAUAUAUAUAAAUUUCAUGCAUGGUUUGUCGCAGGCGCAUUAGUACGGCUCAUUUAUAAUGUGGAAUUUAAAAUCAUUCAAGGAAAUUAAAAGCAAACCGAACGCCAAGUAAUUUGACCAUAUCUAUAUUGAACUUGGCGUUCUCUUUUAAAUUCCUUGUUAAAUUGCGUUUUAAGCUGACCAAGGAUAUAAGUACUUAUAUAAAAUCAUUCACUACCGCCUUGCUCUUUAAUUUAUCGUUUAUUCCACUGUUUGCUUUCUUCGUUUUCUCUAGAUUACAACGAUGCUAAACCUAUUCUGUAUUUAAGUUGUUGUCGUACAACAUAUAAUCUCAUUCUCUACGAGGAACUCAUUUCUUCUAUUCCGUAUACUCUUUUCAUCGUCUUCCCUUGCUGCCUUUCUUAUCUUACUGCUGACACUUUAUUUCCAUGUUUUAUUUUUGUCCUAUACCAGUGCGAUGUUGAUGCUCUAAAUUUCCAAGAAAUUUAUGUGCUAAUCAUAACCAUCCUUUGACGCCACAUAGUCUCUUCAUAAUCUUAAUAUUUAUGUCUUAUUCUAACUACUUUUUGGCGCCACAUAGUCUACAUAUAUUCUUAAUAUUGUCGCAAAAUAAUCUUCUGACUGGAAGCUGGGCCGUGCAGGUUUAGUUCGGAUAUGUCGAGACUUGCUAAAAACUGCCUGCACCAAUUCCACAAGCGGAACCUUCAUUAUUAUCGUUAAUGAAUAUGUUAUGUGUCUCGUUCGUUUAGCAUUUCUAUUAUGUUUGAUAUUUAACUAAAGAUGGAUUUAACGCUCCUGCUUUGCUUCAACCCAGUAUGAGAUGUUGCUCUCGAGCAAUGGUAUAGAAAACUUAUGUAACAUAUUUUUUGAUUUACAGUACAUGUUUGAAUUGAAGACUGGGCAUUUUAUG